ACAGAUGAGUACCCUGCUCUCAGAGACGCUAACUUCCACAGACGCUAACUCCCACGCCCUCCUCCAGGUGGUGGGCGAUUCCUGGAACUAAUCCUUCCCCAGCCACAGAGGGUCCAGAGGAAGGGGCUGGUGCCCCACGCGGGGCUCGGAGGCAGCCGCGCACUUUCCCCAGGCGCUGCAGAGCAGCGAGGUUCCAGGCGGCGGCGGUCGGCGCUGUCUUCUCCCCGCCCGGCCAUGAAGGUCGAGUUUGCGCCACUCAACAUCCCGCUCGCGAGGCGGCUGCAGACGGCGGCGGUGCUGUAUUUUGUCCUGUGCUUCUUGGUACUCGCGGAGGUGUGCGUCGGAAUCCUCGUGAUACUGGUCCUACGCAACUACUGGUUUCUCUACAUUCCUUAUUUUACAUGGCUUUACUUCGAUUGGCAUACCCCAGAGCAAGGAGGCAGGAGAUGCAACUGGACCAGAAGCUGGGCUAUUUGGAGGCACUUUAAGGACUAUUUUCCAAUUCAUCUCAUCAAAACUUCGGAUCUGGAUCCAAGUCACAACUACAUGUUUGGGUUUCACCCCCAUGGAGUGCUCGCGACCGGAGCCUUUGGAAAUUUUUGUACAAAUUAUUCGGACUUCAAGAAGCUGUUCCCCGGCUUUACCGCGUAUCUUCACACGCUUCCAAAUUGGUUCUGGUGUCCUCUCUUCCGAGAAUAUCUGAUGAGCCAUGGGCCAGUCUCAGUUUCCAAGAAAAGUGUGUCCCACGUGCUGAGCAAGGAGACAGGUGGGAACAUUUCAGUCAUUGUCCUCGGGGGUGCAGAGGAGUCCUUAGAUGCCCAUCCAGGAAAAUUCACUCUGUUCAUCCGCCAGCGAAAAGGAUUUGUGAAAAUUGCUUUGACCUGUGGUGCCUAUUUGGUCCCAGUGUUCUCUUUUGGUGAAAACGAACUGUUUAAACAAAUUAGCAACCCCGAGGGCUCGUGGCUUCGUACUCUGCAGAACAGAAUGCAGAAGGUCAUGGGGUUUGCUUUGCCGCUGUUCCAUGCCAGAGGAAUUUUUCAAUACAAUUUUGGCCUAAUACCCUAUAGGAAACCUAUUUACUCUGUUGUUGGCCACCCAAUCCCUGUUCAUCAGACUCCGAACCCAACCUCGGAGCAGGUUGAGGAGCUGCAUCAGACCUACAUGGAGGAGCUGAGGAAAUUAUUUGAGGAGCAUAAAGGAAAAUAUGGUAUUCCAGAAAAUGAAACUCUCAUUUUUAGAUAACUAUAUUCUUAAAAGGUAUACAGGAGGAUGAGAGACCAUCCCAUAGAGAGAAUAAAUAUUUUAAACAAGUUAAUUUUUUUCCUUAACUAUGGAAUGAAAUUUACAACUGAAAAAUAUUAUUUAUAGUGACAGAUGUUGAUAUGUAUCUGUGGUAAAUAAAAAUGUGUGUGAUUAUAGGA